GGAAACUUGGAAACAUGACUGUGACCGUAAAGAAGACUGUCCCCUCUCCUGAGGCCGUGCAGAUUCUCUACCAGCGCAUGAGAUACGAGUACGCAUUCUACCACUACGUCAAAGAGCAGUUCCACCUGCUGAAGCGCAAGUUUGGACUGAAGUCUCACGUCAGCAAGCCCCCUCUGAGGCCACAAUUCUUUAUUCCAACUCCACUGAAAACCGAGGAGCCGAUGGAUGACGAGGAACAAGAUGAUGAAAAGUGGCUAGAAGAUAUUUAUAAGAGGUGAUGCCAGCACUGUGUUGUCUCCAUGGCUUUAUCUCCCUUUUCCAGAAAGUUUUUCGUUUGGGGAAGAAAAAUCCUUACAGGACUAAAUUAAUGCUCGGGUGCAUUAAAAAGAACAAAACAUACCCACAUGUUGGGGUCAUUGGGAGAUGCCCGGUUUUGCGGGUUUUAUUUGUUUAAUUUUAUUCUGUGUUUUUUUAUUGGCUCCUUGCAUCUUUCCCAGGUAUACCAGAUGGCUCCAUCACAAGAUGUCUUGUCACAAAAUAGUUUCCCC